UGCCCGGCGUGAGAGUUUGUCCGCUUCUCCCUCGUCCCGGAGCCCGCAGCCCGGCAGUCGCCAGGUCCCAAGCCGCGGGGUCCCCCGGCUGUGCAACAUGUCGAUGCUGGCCGAGCGUCGGCGGAAGCAGAAGUGGGCUCUGGAUCCAAGAAAUACAGCCUGGAGCAAUGAUGAUUCCAAGUUUGGCCAGAGGAUGCUAGAGAAGAUGGGGUGGUCUAAAGGAAAGGGUUUGGGGGCUCAGGAACAAGGAGCCACAGAACAUAUUAAAGUUCAAGUUAAAAAUAAUCACCUGGGCCUUGGAGCUACGAUCAAUAAUGAGGAUAACUGGAUUGCUCAUCAGGAUGAUUUUAACCAGCUCCUGGCUCAGCUGAACACUUGUCAUGGGCAGGAAACUGCAGACUCCUCUGACAACAAGGAAAAGAAAUCUUUCAGCCUCGAGGAAAAGUCCAAGACUUCCAAAAAUCGGGUUCAUUAUAUGAAAUUCACAAAAGGGAAGGAUCUAUCAUCUCGGAGCAAAACGGACCUUGACUGCAUUUUUGGGAAAAGACAGAGUAAAAAGACUCUUGAGGAUGAUUCCAGCCCAAGCACUCCAGAUGGGGGUGAAACCUCCACGACCACCAGUGCCUUCACCAUCCAGGAGUAUUUUGCCAAGCGGAUGGCUGAGCUCAAGAACAAGGCCCAGGGCACAGCUCCAGAGGCUGAUCUUUCAGAGACACAAGUGAAACAGAAGAAGGGAAAGAAAAGAAGCAAAGAAACAACAGAUGAAAAUGUGGAGGAUCACCCCCAACCCAAGGUCAAGCAGCCUAGAAAGGAAAAGUCUGAGGAGGAUGGGUACCAUAAACCAGCAGUCAAGAAGAAGAGGGCCAGAGACCCGUGUGGGGGUAAGGCUCCUGGUGCUGCUGCGGAGGCUGCAGAGAGCCCGGUAGAGCCAGCUGAUGAUGAGGACUCCCCCCAAAGGCCCCAGAAAAGGAAAGGAAAGAAAAAGCUGCUGGAGCCAGUGGAGGUAGCAGUGGACACUGCCCUGGAUGAAGCACCAGUGAAAAAGAAGAAGAAAAAGAAGAAGGGUUCCAGGUGAAUUCCCCAAAGCCAGGGCCUUCCGACCACUCAGCUGUCAGGGUGCUGCCGGGGCAAGCACCUUUGGCCUGAAGUCAGAGCAGCACCAACCCCAGACCGUGUGGGCACAUCUUUCAACAUGCCCGCCAACUGCCGUGUCUCGCCCGCUCUCCACAGCUGCCCUGGUCCUCUUUCCC